AUGAAAUCACACGACCCAGACCACGUGGUCAGGCACACGUGGUCCAGGAAAACAGAAUAUGUCCUGUCCAUGGUCGGCUACUGUGUGGGACUGGGCAACGUCUGGAGGUUUCCUUACGUGUGCAUUCGAAAUGGCGGAGGUCAGGUCACUGGCUGUACACUCACUGGCUGUACACUCACUAGUUAUAAACUCACUGGCUGUACACUCACUAGUUAUACACUCACUGGCUGCACACUCACUAGUUAUACACUCACUGGCUGUACACUCACUAGCUGUACACUCACUGGCUAUACACUCACCAGUUAUACACUCACUGGCUGUCAACUCACUACUUAUACACUCACUGGCUGUACACUCACUAGUUAUACACUCACUGGCUGUACAUUCAUUAGUUAUACACUCACUGGCUCUACACUCACUAGUUAUACACUCCCAAGUUAUACACUCACUAGUUAUACACUCACUAGUAAUACACUCACUAGCUAUAUACUCACUAGUUAUACACUCACUAGUUAUACACUCACUAGCUAUACACUCACUAGUUAUACACUCACUAGUUAUACACUCACUAGUUAUACACUCACUAGUUAAACACUCACUAGUUAUACACUCACUAGUUAUACACUCACUAGUUAUACACUCACUAGCUAUACACUCAUUAGCUGUACACUCACUAGUUAUACACUCACUAGUAAUACACUCACUAGUAAUACACUCACUAGCUAUACACUAAAUGGUUAUACGCUCACUAGUUAUACACUCACUAGCUAUACACUCACUAGCCAUACACUCACUAGCUAUACACUCACUAGCUAUACACUCACUAGCCAUACACUCACUAGCUACACUCUUUCAAGAAGAAUGUAGAAGAUCACAUCAUAAUAGCAAAUAUUGACAUCAUUUCAAGGUAGUACACAAAGUAUUUUGUACACAGACACAAUGCACAUCAGUCCAAGCAUUUGCACAGCAUAGUUUAUCUUUGCCUCUUGUAUGUGAAAUGUUCUCUGUGUGACAUGUUCUCUAUGUGAAAUGUUCUCUAUGUGAAAGGUUCUCAUUGUGAAAUGCUCUCUAUGUGAAAUGUUCUCUAUGUGAAAUGUUCUCUAUGUGAAAUGUUCUCCAUUUGAAAUGUUCUCCAUUUGAAAUGUGCUCAUUGUGAAAUGAUCUCUAUGUGAAAUGUUCUCUAUGUGACAUGAUCUCUAUGUGACAUGUUCUCUGUGUGACAUGUUCUCUAUACGACAUGUUCUAUAUGUGACAUGUUCUCUAUGUGACAUGCUCUCUAUGUGACAUGUUCUCUAUGUGACAUGCUCUCUAUGUGACAUGUUCUCUAUGUGUUUCAGGAGCAUUCUUAAUACCGUUUGUCAUCUGCCUGGCCGUGUGUGGUCUGCCACUAUAUUUCAUGGAAGUAGCCAUGGGGCAGUUCAUGUCCAGGGGUGCCUUCCACGUCUGGAAUAUUUGCCCACUCUUUAAAGGUAUCAAACGGCAGGAGAAAAAAAUUGGAAUUUUCCCCUCCCUCCCUCUUGAUCUUGGGAGAGAGGGGAAGAGAAAGAGGGAAUAGAGAGGGGUGAGAUAUAGGGAGAGAGAGGAGCGAAUGAAGAGGGGAUAGAGAGGGAGUGAGUACAUAGGGGAGAAAGAAGGAAAGAGAAAGGCUAUAGACAGUGAAGAGAGAGAGAGUGGUUAGAGAGGGAGCAGAUACAGAGGAGGAAGAGGGGAGAAUGGCACAUGGGUGGAUAGAGUGUGUGCAGGAAGAGAAGAUAAGACAGAUGGACAGAAAUGUAUCUGUCCUCUGUGUUUUAAAAUUUCAAAGUGAGGUUGUUAUCUAUUUAGCCGUAAAUAAUAAGAUAAACUUUCCUCCUUUGAUUGUGCAGUUUGUAUUUAAAGCUAUUAGAGUCUUCUUCUUUAACUUGAUGGCCUUUAUUUUAUUUACCAUCUCACCGAAUCAUUCCGUGAAUAUCUCCUUUUAACUUGAUGUUUAAAUAUAAACAAUUAAUGACUGCAUAAAUAAAUAUGAAGUAUUUUGCACUGAAGAGUAUUUUUCGUUUUGAUGCGUUUGUUGCAAACUUGGCAAUAAUAUUUCAACUUAAAAGUCUGAAUCUCUUCGAAAGCGGCAAGUGUUUGAUUUUUUUCAUAUAGUUUGAUCGUUUCCACAGGUAUAGGCAUUGGCCAGAUUGUUGCCGGUUUUAUAAGUUCGUGGUACUACGUGAUUCCUAUUGCCUGGAUCUCAAUAUACUUGGCCAACUCCUUCAAAUCUCCGUUGCCUUGGACACUGUGUGGACAAGAUUGGAACACCCCACUGUGUGUUCCACAGGGAAGUCGUGUCACCAGAAACGAAUCUGUCAACAUUUCUUUUAACGCAAGUGGUCAGGGCGAUAAGCAGGACUACCAGGCAAUCAAUAUCACUGUUAAUCAUGUGAUUGGAAUCAGACCAGCAAGUGAAGAAUUUUGGAUGUGAGUUUUUUUGUUUUGCCUGUAUCUCAAAUAAUGUUUACACCAGACGUGAUUAAGUGCUGCCACAUUUAUUUUAAAAAAAAAUAUAUUACUUUAAUACAAAAUCGCGGAGAAGCUAAUAAAUCAACUAACAGUUACAUUGACAUUGUAUCCAUCCAUCCAUGUAGGGCUUUGGCCUGCCUCACCACUUCCUUCCACACAGACCUGACUAAUCAUAAGAAUUAUUUGCUUUUCCAUGCUUGGAUUCCCAGCUGCUGUAGAUCUUUUCCCACAUCAUCCAUCCAUCUAGGCCUAGGUCUGCCUUUGAGCCGUUUUACUCUGGGGUUUUGGUGGUACACCCUCUUCACUCCUCUGUCCUUUGGCUUUGGCAUUCUUUCUAAGUAUCACGCCCAGCGUAGCCUACCCUUUUUUUUUUUAUUUCUGCUUUUAGCGUGGCCUCCCCUAUCCACCACAUGGGGAGGCUCUCAAUGGAAGCAAUAUCUCAAUAUCUCCGCAGCGUGCAGGAAAACUGUUAUAUACCUUAUUUAAUUCAAGGGUCUAUACUCUAUUUUGUUAUUAAUUUAAUCAUAGAUUCUCAUGUAUGGAAGUUAUACUUAAAAUUAAUUUGGGUGUUUUUUAUUUUUAUUAAUACUGCGUAACACUUUGCUGUUAUUUUUCAAUAGUUAAAGGAUGUGGUUGAAGAUCACCUAAUUAUCAUUAGUAUCUUUUAAAUUAUUCUUUUAUUUAUUUUUUAAAAAAUUUUUUUUUGGAUUUAGAAAUAAUGUCCUUCAACUCUCUCCUGGAAUUGAGGAUAUGGAUGGUCUCCCUUGGCACACCACUUUGGCCCUAUUAAUAUCUUGUCUGCUGGUGUUCAUAUGCCUCAGCAGAGGAGUCAAGUCUGUAGGAAAGGUAAUACUUAGUUAUCUUUGAGUUGGAUUCCUUAAUCAAUAUCAGGAAGGAACACUCAAUUUUUCUCAAAAUGACAAUUUUUUGUUACUCAAGGUGCCCCACCUUUUUUUUACUCACACACAAACACUUUGAAUUUCCUCAACAAGUAUUGAAUACGGAAAUAGAAUUUGAAUAUAGCUGACUUUUAAUUUUUCUGGUAGGCAUAUAUAGAGAUUUGGGACCCUAAAGAGUCACUCUGAAACAUUUUGAAACUCAAAUCUUAUAAUGCCUCAAGGAAUAUAUUUGCUUAGUGAUUUGUAAUUUUUAUCCAAGCAUGUGAAGAAUCCUACAUGUCCUCAGACUCAUAUUAAAUAUUAGGUGCCGCCACCCUUAAUAUAAGAGCCCUAGAAGCUACCGUUAACAUCUGAUCGGACUCUGACAUUAAUGGUAGCUUCUAGGGCUCUGAUAUCAACGUUAAGUGCCACAGCUAUGUUAACAUAAGCUUCAUUUGAAAUAUAUUUUAAAGAAAUUUUUUCAUUGUUUGAAAGCAGCGGGUAAAAAUAAUAAUACUUUCUAUAAAUCAAGGUUGUCUACGUCACAGCCACUUUGCCAUACAUUCUAAUCACAGUCCUCAUCAUCAAAGGUGCCACUUUACCAGGUGCAGUAGAUGGUGUUUUGUUCUACAUCAGCCCAGACUUCAGGUACCUGGUACCCGGUACUGUUAAUUAUAACUGCAGUCUUUCAUUACCAUUACUUAAGAGUACCGGCACAGGUAGUUAAUGUACACAGGAGGUUAGAACAGGAGGAAGAAUGAUGUGAUAUUACUUCUUGGAGAUAGGAACACAAGUCAGUGUAUUAUAUACAGUCAUUAAAACAUUGAUAAUUUACCGAUGAUAAUUGGUGUGUUCUAUGGAGACAUUCUGCUAACGAAAAUGUUGUAUUGAAAUUAUAAAAAGUUAAGUAAAAAAAUUUUGCAAUCUUGACUUGUCCAGUAAAUUGAUGCAAGUGCAGACGUGGCUGGAAGCAAGUCUACAAGUCUUCUACUCACUGGGACCAAUCUGGGGCGGGCUGGUAACAAUGGCCAGCUACAACAAAUUUAAUAACAAUUGUAUGAGGUAGGGUAUACUUGUUUCUUGCAUCAAAUUUUACUAUCAGUACCGGUAGUUGAAAUUUGAAAAAUAUUUUUAAAAAAAACAACCUGAAAAACUGAAAACAUUCCUUUUUUAUUUUCCAGAGAUUCUAUAAUGUUGACAUUCUUGUGUGAGGGCACCAGUGUGUUUGCUGGAUUUGCUAUCUUCACAGUUCUUGGUCACAUGGCUUAUAAUCUCGAUGUUCCAGUUGCCAAUUUCUCGGAAACAGGUACCGGUAUUUCAAAAAAAACAUAUUGAUUAAUAAGAGGUUUUUAUUUGAAAAAUAAAUAAUUGAAUAAUUUAGACCUGCAAAAAAACAUUUUUUUAUAACUGUAAUAUUUUUGCCAAAUAAAAAAUUAACAGUAUAACAAUAAUAAACAACGUGAUUUCCUGAACCUGAUGUGUUUUUUUUUCAUGUCAUUAAAAGUGUUUGUUUCUAUUGUCAGGGGCAGGAUUAGCCUUUGUUGUCUACCCUGAAGCCAUUGCUUAUCUCCCAGUACCACAAUUGUGGGGUGUGCUGUUUUUCCUCAUGUUGUUUACUGUUGCUUUAGAUUCACAGGUAACUUUUUUGAAGUGAGAUACUGGUAAUGUUACUUCUCUGUUUUUGAUAAAAUGAUAAGUAUAAAUAAAUAUAUGAAAUAACAUAAAUACAUACUGUACAACAAACAAUAAUAAAAUAACGUUUAAUUUUUAAAAAAAUUGGAGUUCUUCAAAUAAUUUAAAUUGAAAAAUGAUUUUGUCAGUCAUUCCUCUGUAAAUUCUAUAAAUCAAUGUACAAAUUCUCAAUACCGGUGCACAUAUUAAAAAUGUAGCGCUAAAAAGCUGGAUGUUAAAAGUUAUAAAAGUGCUUUGAGGUGCUUUAUUUUUUUUCUUAUUUAUGAAUCUAUUUUAGAAUUCAGGAAUUGUAAAAAUAAAAUGUUCACUUUUUUUGCCAGUUUGUUUUUGUAGAAAUAGUUUUGACCAGCAUCUAUGAUAUUUGGCCAAAAUUCGUCACUAAAUACAACAUAGCAGUGAAAUUGGGAUAUUGUUCAUUACAAUUCCUUAUUGGACUACCAUUUGCUGCUAGAGUAAGUAAAUGUACAGAAAACCAUCUUUUAAAUAUAAUAAACGUUAAACUAGCCCCCAGGUAGACUUACAAUUUUUGCCAUAUUUUUUCUGUUUAGAUCAGGGAUCUGCAAACAUUUUUAGUCACUACCCCAAAAUAUUACUGCCGACAACUGUGAUUUGAAAGGAAGAAAAUCAUAGACUUUUUAUUUUCAAAAUGGUUUAUUGAAUCUAUGUAUAUGGAGAAUUCAACUAUAAAUAUAAAAGUACUAAAUUUAUUUUGAUAAAAAUCAAUUAAUAAAAUCCUCACAAUGGGACAAAAAGACACCGAUACCUUUGAACAAAUAAUUCACUUCAAGAUUUGAUAGAAAUGACGUUUCAUUUGUUUACAGUGACGUCAAAAUGUUGGCUUUUUUUAAAUCAGAGAAAAUUUGGAUAUUGUUUUUGGAGUCAAAUAUUGAUUUCUAUUCUUGUUUUAAAAUGUUAAUUUGAGUGAAAACUUGGCAAAGGUUGGUGAAAAAGGCGGAAUCUUUUUGCCUGCCUCCUCUUGAGAAUCAUUGAAAACCUUUGCAUCUCUUGAUGUUUUGAGGAUAAGCAGUGAAAGCAGGAGCAUCACUAGGAUUGUGGGGGUGGGGACCAUAUCCAGGAAAUCCUACCAUGGGGUUGACAACCUGAAAGGGGAAUGACACCAUUGGAAAAUUAAAAUUUGACAGAGCUUAUUUAAAUUUGUUUUAUAACACAACUAAGUUUAAUGCAAGAGCAGAAUGCCACCUGUCACUAGAACAGGCUGUCUUGGAGGAGAUCCAUGGGCCACAGAGCAGGCUGACUUGGAGGAGAUCCAUGGGCCACAGAGCAGGGUGACUUGGAGGAGAUCCAUGGGCCACAGAGCAGGGUGACUUGGAGGAGAUCCAUGGGUCACAGAGCAGGCUGACUUGGAGGAGAUCCAUGGGUCACAGAGCAGGCUGACUUGGAGGAGAUCCAUGGGCCACAGAGAACGGUGACUUGGAGGAGAUCCGUGGGCCACAGAGCAGCAUGACUUGGAGGAGAUCCAUGGGCCACAGAGCAGGGUGACUUGGAGGAGAUCCGUGGGCCACAGAGCAGGCUGACUUGGAGGAGAUCCAUUGGCGAUUAUGGCACCUGUCACUAGAGCAGGCUGACUUGGAGGAGAUCCAUAGGCCACAGAGCAGGGUGAUUUGGACGAGAUCCAUGGACCACAGAGCAGGCUGACUUGGAGGAGAUCCAUGGGCCACAGAGCAGGGUGACUUUGAGGAGAUCCAUGGGCCACAGAGCAGGCUGACUUGGAGGAGAUCCAUGGGUGAUUCAGGCACCUAUCACUAGAGCAGGCUGACUUGGAGGAGAUCCAUGGGUGAUUCAGGAUGGGAUGACACCAUGCCAUGUGAAAACCACACUGAGUGGAAUCAAUUCUUGUGAUGCCUCUGAGCAUAAGAUAAAAUAGUCGCUGGUCUGCUUACUUCAUGUUGCUUGGAGCUCCUGUGCAAAGUGGAGCGCCAUGAAGUUCGAUCCUUUACUUGUUCCUCCCACGUUUCUGGGUUUAUGUUGAACGCUUUCAGUGAGGCUUUUAUGUUGUCUUUAAAACGUGUUUUGUGUCCGCCAGCAGACAGCCUUGACUUCCUUGUUCAAGCUCACCAUAGAAAAUUCUUUUGGGCAGACGGUCAUCUGACAUUCUCACAACAUGUCCCGCACAGCGAAGCAGGGAUUUCAUCAAGAUUGUGAAGAUGCUGGGGGAGACCUGCCCGUGUGAGCACCUCAGUGUCUGGGACCCUGUCCUGCCAUUUAAUGUUGAGGAUUUUUCAAAGCCUUGUUGUAUGAAAGUGGUUCAGCAUUCUUGCAUGGCGUUGGUAGACCGUCCACGUUGUCGCAGGCAUAGGGAAGCGUAGGGAGAGCUGCCGACUGAUAUACUUUCAGUUUAGUUUGAGUGCUGAUACAUCUCCUGGUCCAUACGUUCUUAGUAAAUCUUCCAUAGGUGGCACUGGCUCUGGCAAUACGGAGGUUUACCUCGUCAUGGCUGGUUGUGUUUUUGGGACAGUGUGCUGCCGAGAUGGGAAAAGCCUUUAACCACCUUAAGUCUUUCGCCAUAUACUUGGAUGUUGGGCUCAACAUAAGGGCUUCGAGGAGCUGGUUGGUAUAUGACCUCAGUUUUUUGUGUUAAUGGUGAGCCCGAAGUUUGUACAGGCAUUAAAAAAAUUACAUAAACAAGUUUGCAAUCCCCUGUUUAGAUGCUGGCCUGCACAACAUGCGCACUCAUUUUGCGGCCCGUGAAGCAACAAAAUAUUCUUUAUUUAUAUCAUUUUCUUUAUAGCUUCCCCCCCCCCCAUUUUUCCUUUCAUCAAGAGAUGCAAAGGUUUUCUUUUGGUACGCAAAAGUUGUUCAUAAAGUAUUACAGCCCGCCCUACAUUUUGAGAUGCAAUCCCCUGUUUAAAUGCUGGCCUGCACAACAUGCGCCCUCAUUUUGCGGCCCGUGAAGCAACAAAAUAUUCUUUAUUUAUAUCAUUUUCUUUAUAGCCUCCCCCCCCCCCCCAUUUUUCCUUUCAUCAAGAGAUGCAAAGGUUUUCUUUUGGUACGCAAAAGUUGUUCAUAAAGUAUUACAGCCCGCCCUACAUUUUGAGUUGUGCAGGCCUGGUGUAGUGUGACAAGUCAUAGCAGCAGUAUGUCUUCAGACAGAAUGUAGUUAGAAUGUUACAAUUUCUUUGAAUAAGUCAUACCACCUGACUUUUGACAGGGAGGAAUGUAUUUGUUCCAACUGGUUGACUGGUACAUAGCUGCCUUUGCUGCUGUAGCGGUUGGCCUGCUUGAGUGCAUCAUUGUUGCCUGGAUCUAUGGUUAGUGACAUUUACAAACUUUGUUCAGGGCAUGCAACCGAAUAGUAACUUAACGAAAGCAUUUAUUGCAUCUGAACUUCUCUCUGGAAGGCGCACGGUGCUCGAAUACAAAUUAGAAUCCCUAAGCUUACAAAGGAAACAUAGUUAAUUACCUUGUUUUUUCUGUGCUCCAUAUCAACAUUAAUUUGUAACACUGAGGGCUCCAUAUCAACAUUACUUUGAAACUUUGAGAGCUCCUUAUCAACAUUAAUUUGAAACUUUGAGAGCUCCAUAUCAACAUUAAUUUGAAACUUUGAGAGCUCCAUAUCAACACUAAUUUGUAACUUUGAGAGCUCCAUAUCAACAUUAAUUUGUAACUUUGAGAGCUCCAUAUCAACAUUAAAUUGUAACUUUGAGAGCUCCAUAUCAACACUAAUUUGUAAUAUUGAAGGCUCCAUAUCAACGCUAAUUUGUAACAUUGAGAGCUCCAUAUAAACACUAAUUUGUAACAUUGAGAGCUCCAUAUCAAUACUAAUUUGUAACAUUAAGGGCUCCAUAUCAACACUAAUUUGUAACUUUGAAAGCUCCAUAUCAACACUAAUUCAACUAAUUGUAAUAUUGAGGGCUCCAUAUCAACACUAAUUUGUAACUUUGAGAGCUCCAUAUCAACACUAAUUUGUAACAUUGAAGGCUCCAUAUCAACACUAAUUUGUAACUUUGAGAGCUCCAUAUCAACAGUAAUUCAACUAAUUGUAAUAUCGAGGGCUCCAUAUCAACACUAAUUUGUAACUUUGAGAGCUCCAUAUCAACACUAAUUUGUAACAUUGAAGGCUCCAUAUCAACACUAAUUUGUAACUUUGAGAGCUUCAUAUCAACACUAAUUUGUAACUUUGAGAGCUCCAUAUCAACACUAAUUUUUAACUUUGAGAGCUCCAUAUCGACAUUAAUUUGUAACUUUUGGGGCUCCAUAUCAACACUAAUUUGUAACAAUGAGGGCUCCAUAUCAACACUAAUUUGUAACAAUGAGGGCUCCAUAUCAACACUAAUUUGUAACAAUGAGGGCUCCAUAUCAACAAUAAUUUGUAACAAUGAGGGCUCCAUAUCAACACUAUUUUGUAACUUUUGGGGCUCCAUAUCAACACUAAUUUGUAACUUUGAGAGCUCCAUAUCAACACUAAUUUGUAACAUUGAAGGCUCCAUAUCAACACUAAUUUGUAACUUUGAGAGCUCCAUAUCAACACUAAUUUGUAACAAUGAGGGCUCCAUAUCAACACUAAUUUGUAACAAUGAGGGCUCCAUAUCAACACUAUUUUGUAACAUUGAGGGCUCCAUAUCAACACUAAUUUGUAACAUUGAGGGCUCCAUAUCAACACUAAUUUGUAACAAUGAGGGCUCCAUAUCAACACUAAUUUGUAACUUUUGGGGCUCCAUAUCAACACUAAUUUGUAACAAUGAGGGCUCCAUAAAAAACACUAAUGUGUAACUUUUGGGGCUCCAUAUAAACACUAAUUUGUAACAUUGAGGCAUAUUAAAAAACAUAAUUGAUAUUUAUUUGUGCUAACCUAUCUAGGAGCAGAUAACUUUAUGGAUGAUGUGACGAGAAUGAUGGGGUAUAGGCCUCCUUACAUGUUUAAUAUUUUAUGGAGAUUUAUCACACCAGCUCUGCUCAUAGUAAGUUAUACAGUUAUUGUUUCAGAAAAAAAAAAACAACUUUUAAUCAAUUAAUCCAUGUUGAAAUAGCAACAGCAUAUUUUUAUUUUCUAUCGGUUUUAAUUAUAUUACUGUACUUGUAAGGUUAAGCAAACUUGAAUGUGAAAAUAAAUUUGAAUUUUUUUUUUUUUUAAUGUUUGUACCGUAUUGCAAGAAUUAUUAUGACCUGUGUCGAUGCCAGGUUGUGCUGGUAACAUCACUGGUGAGUUACGAAGCCCCUACCUUUGAAGGUUACAAGUUCACUUCAGCUGGGAU